AUGGUCACCUACGUCUCGACCCGCGGUCAGGCCCCGGCUGUGGACUUUGCUACGGCGGUACUGGCUGGUCAAGCGCCCGACGGUGGCCUCUACGUUCCGUCGAGCCUUCCGCACCUCUCGCUCCCGCGCCUGGCAUCGCUCAUCGAUGCCGACUAUGCGGCACUCGCCGCAGCAGUCAUGGCGCCCUUUGUGGGCGACUCGCUGACGACCGAAGAGCUCGACGCUGUCCUUCGUUCUGCCUUUGCUGCACCUGAUCGGUUCGAUACGUCCGAUGUGGCUCCGCUGGCCUCACUUGCUUCGCAUCCCGACACCUCCAUCCUCGAGCUCUGGCACGGGCCCUCGCUCGCCUUCAAGGACAUGGCCAUCGGCGUCCUUGCUCGCCUCCUCGCCAUCUUUGCCGCUCGUGCCCCGGGGCCCAAGCCUACCAACAUUGUUGUCGCCACUUCGGGUGAUACCGGGCCGGCUGCUGUCGCCGCAGCCGCAGGCAUCGAUCCUGCUCUCCUCCACCUCUGGGUCCUCUUCCCGCACAACCGCGUCUCGCGCGAGCAGGCCGCACAGAUGCAGUGCGAGCUCCCACCCAACGUCACCGUUCUCGAAGUCGCCAACUCGGACUCGGACUCGCUCGACACUAUUCUCGACGAUGUCUUCAACGACAAGGCUCUCGCCAAGGACGUCUCGCUCGGCUCGCUCAACUCCAUCAACGUCGCCCGCGUCCUCCUCCAGUCUGUCCACUACAUCUACGCCUUCCUCGCCCACAUCCGCGCCCGCGCUGGGCCCGGACCGCACUCGUCCUCCGCCCUCUGCAGCCUCAUGCUUGCCCACCCGAUCCGGUUUGCUGUUCCCACUGGCGCUUGUGGUGACAUGGUCGGCGGCCUCUACGCCGCCGCCAUGGGCCUCCCAGUCUCCGAGUUUGUCAUCGCCACCAACGCCAACGCCAUUGUCGCCGACACCCUCACUCACGCACGCCUCGUCCCGCCGCCGCCAGUCGUCCCUACUCUCUCCAACGCCAUCGACAUCCUCGUUCCCUACAACCUCUGGCGCUUCCUCUACCACACCGCAGCCGCAGAGUGCCCGACCACACUCUCGGCGUGGAUCGAUGCCUUUCGCAGCGGCGCCACCGUCACCCUUCCUCCGCUCGCCGCAUGGGGCACUCCCGCGCCGUUCCGUGCCACCUCGAUCUCCGACGCCACCACCCUCGCCACCAUUGCUGCCACCUACGCUGCCGACAGCUAUCUCCUCGACCCGCACUCGGCGGUCGCGCUCGCCGGCUCUGUCGCCAUCCCACCGCCGUCCGCCGGCCAGCUCCACACCAUCUGUCUCGCCACUGCCCAUCCCGCCAAAUUUGUCGACGUCGUCCACGCUGCCCUCCCGCUUGUCGACGCGCCUGCCGGCAUCGCUCAUCCUUCCAUGGACGCCGCUCUUGCCGCCACUGCCAACCACGCCGUCCAGCUCCCAUCCGUCGCCGCUGCCAAUGCCUACCUCCGCCGCGCCAUGCUCGAGCUUACAUCCUCACACGCUCCACCUGCCCGCGACGUCCACAUCGCCUCGCCUGAUGACAUUGCCGCCGCCGUCUCGUGGGCCGACGCCCUCGCCGCUGCCCGCCUCGCCUUCUCCGCCUCGCCGGACGACAUUGUCGGGCCCAUGCCCAUGGCCUUUGACUUUGCCGAUGCCUGCGGUGAGAGCCAUGUCAAAGGUGCCCAUAUCGGCGGCUCGUCCAUCUUUGCACUCAAAGUCGCCUCGUCCUUCUACAAGGCCUCGCCGUCUGGAUCCGGCCUUGUCCUCGUCUUCUCUGCCACAAACGGCGCUCCGCUCGCUGUCCUCCUCGACAACGCCCGCCUCACAGACAUGCGCACCGCCGCAGCGGGCACACUCGCCAUCACCACGCUCCGUCCAGGGCCUAUCACCAAGCUCGCCAUCCUCGGCGCAGGCAUCCAGGCCAGCAAGCAGCUCGCCUCGCUUGCCGCAGCAGUCGAAAUCCGCUCUGACGCGCUCGCUGCCGCAGACGUCGUCAUCACUGCCACGCCGGCCUCGAACCCGCUAAUUGCUUCACCCGAUUGGCUCGCGCCGUCCGCGCUUGUUGUUGCUGUCGGCUCAGACUCGCCGCACAAGCAAGAACUUGACGCCUCGGUCCUCCACGCCGCCCUCAGUGCGGGUGGCGCCGUCAUCGUCGACUCGAUCGAGCAGACAGCCGCGUUCGGUGAGCUCCGCUCUAUCGCUCACGUUCUUCCUCACCCUGGCGUCUUUACCCUCGGCGACAUUGUCCGCGGCACGGCCCUUCCACCGCCGGCUUCUGCACUCACCAUCGUUGACCUCACCGGCAUGGGUGUCCAGGACGCUGCUCUUGCCGAAAUUGUCUACAAUCGCCUCGCCUCGCCGUCGCGCCUCUAG